AGACAUGACAGACAUUUUAACGCUUGUGUUUAAGACGUUUAUGUCACAAACGGAUCUAAAGAAGGACCUCACGGUCAGUCCUCCGCCUCCGACAACCUGCGGCGCCCUGGUGGUCGGAGACCACAGCGUCAGCCGGUCCGUGCUGCUGCUGGCGGCCGUGACGGCAGCCUCACAGAUGGGGAUGAGAGUGAUGUUCUUCACCCAAACACAAAUUCAAAGUCUCCCAGCGUCUCUGCAGAAAUGUGUCCCGAGCCUGAGCCCAGAGAGUCUAAAGAAAAUCAAGUUUUCCUAUCCCAGGACAGUGGAGGAGCUCCUCCUGCAGAUUGCCAGCCUUCACGAGUCCACCAACACGUCCCCCACGCCACCCUCACUGAUCAUAGUCGACAGGUUGGAGAGCUUCCUGUCUGAUUCUAGAGGUGGUAGCCACAGUGGAUUUCACCCAGGUGAGCAGUCGUGUGCCGCCCACCUGUCUGCGCUGCUGUGUGACACUGCUGCCUUUCUCACUCAAGUCCUGGAGCAGCGGUCCUCGACCUCGGGCCCUUGCCGUGUCAUCGCCUCUUUCCAGUCUGAAGUAGACCCCGAACAAGCUGGCGGGGAACCCUCUGCCACAGAUCCCAUCCUUGAUAUCCUCGAUCGCUAUUUCCAGGUACGCUGCACUCUGGACCAAGACAGAGGAUAUGAAGCUGUGGCAGCUGGACUACAGCAGCUGUGGCACAUUUAUCUUUCUGGGAGAGGCAUCACAGAGGCCUCUUGUGCCAAAGACGGUGAGGAAAGGCUAGAUGUAGCCCAGGAGUGGCAGUUGUUAAUUUUUCCUGAUGGUUUAAUGGAGUUUAAGUUGGUUUGAAAAUGUCUGUAUCAAAGACUUAAACAGUGGGCAUUGAUAAAAGCCAAUCUGUGGACUUGGAGAGGAGUAGUGUUUAUUUUUAGCACCACUUGGCUUGAAAUUUCAGCGCUUGGGAGUUUUCAGUGAUGAUGAGAUGUACUACAGUAUAACAGGCCAUGGUCACUAUUACACUCCAUCUUCCAAGUCAAUCAGACCCUUCUUUUAUGCGUUUCCAGUCAUUUAAUGCAGCACUUGUCUUUGCUUUGACUGCCAUUCCUUCUUGAAUACAUUGUCAUGUAAUCUGCUGUUCAA